AUGCAUACGCGACGUGAUCUUCGGUUAAGUAGUAAAAAUCUACUCAUAAAGAAAAUUAAUUUUUGCACUGAGUACAGCAAUCCUCAUAACUUAAUAGUCGUGGUGAAAAGCGCAGCAGAAGUUUCCGGUAUUCAUUACGAACGAAGAAAAUUCAUCAGAGAAUCGUGGGGUUUAGAUGCUUCUCAAAAGUACGAAAUUCCUCCUGUUUUAUUUGCGAUUGGAAAGUCGAAAUUUAAUGCAUCAAUAUAUCAACAACUAUUAGAAGUUGAAGAAGAACAGUUCCAUGAUAUAUUACAAUUUGACUUUAUUGAUAAUUAUUCUAAUUUAACUCUAAAAACAGUUGCAGUACUGAAGUGGUUUUCUCAACAGUGUCCAAAUUUUACUCUGGUGUAUAUAAAUGAUGAUACGAUGAUAAAUGUAAAAAAUUUGCUAAUACAUCUAAAACAAAGCAAUGAAAUGGCAAUUUAUGGACAAGUUCGGGAAUAUUUAGAAUUUGAACGGGGUUCAUCCGAUCCAAUUGCUCAGGGAUUAUUAACUCCCAAAUCGCAACUUGCUUCGGAUUCUUUUUUGGAUUAUAUAUAUGGUGCAUUCGUCAUAUAUCCGCCGCAAGUAAUUAUACCCUUAGUUCGUGAAAUAUUUGAUUCAGCUCCAGCAUUCUGGAUCGAAGAUAUCUACGUCAAUGGAAUAGUAGCUGAAAAGCUGAAAUUAAUACGAAAAAACUUAGUAAAUAUACUUCAAGUAGGCAAAUCCUAUGGAGUUUCUGAUUUAAUGUCAUCAGUAUUUACGAAAGCUAUUGCAAUUAUUGACUGUGAUGUUAAUUAUCAACGCAAAAUUUGGAAAAAUCACACUGCUGUAGCUUUACUCUUUGAACAGAGAAAAAGAAAGAAACUUUUCUUAGCUGGAAUUCUUUUGUGUUUCCUCUUUUUUAUACGCAGACUAGUUUUCAGCAGUUCUGGAUUAAAAUCAUUAUGCAACGGUAAGAUAAAAGUGCUUUAUCAUAAAACACGUCGCAUUAUCAGCAACCUUUUGUCUCGCGACAGAAAAACAUUUACUAAUGUGACAAGAGAUGCCUCGAUAGCACUAAAAGCCAGAAUAAGACUACAGUCUUUAUAUGAAAUGACUUCAAUGUGGAUGAAUCAAGUAUAUCCAUUUCUGCCAUUUGAAUGGUCUUAUGAGUCAUCAACGAAUGGCAUCGAUGAUAACAAGUUCUGUAUGCAGAACCUUAUUAUAUUCACAACCUCUCAAAAGGAUUCACCAGCACCAAUUCUACUAGUACUGAAAAGAUUAGAUGAAAAAUGUCGCAGCUCUGAUCGAAUUUAUUUCAUAUUAAUACAAGUGAACGAAGCCCACGUAGAUUUACCAUUUGAUAUAUCAAUAAUUAGAGAAUAUCUUUCGUUUCACAAUAACACAAUGCCAAAUCAUAUACAGAUUCAUUUCCUUACUCUAUCUAAACAUGUUCAGAAGUUCACUACUAAUUGGAUUGAAAACGCGGAUAAUGAAACUAAAAUACUUUUAGACAAAUUAAAAACGAUUCAUCGUAUUCAUUUGUGGCUGCCGAUAUUUCCCAUAAAAUUAUCACGGCAGAACCGCAUGCCAAAACAGUUUGUCGUUCAAGGUACAGUUACACAUGUGCGAAAAAAUUAUUCCGGUCUCUCACAGAGCUUAUUAAAAUCAGCUGAUCAAUUAAAAAAGACCAAUGUGACAGUGCUAAUCAUCAGUGGCUUAGAUUAUUAUAAAUUUCCGCUUCCUGUUGAUGCAAAAUUGAUUAAUCAAUCAAUUAUCCAAAUUCGAGCAAAAUAUAUGUUAGAUACGCCUGUGGGCUAUCAAGAAUACUAUUCUGAAAUUCAGUCGUCAAUUGGUAUGUUACCAUUACUCGGUAAUAAACACUACUACAAAUCCGUUGCCUCCUCUACAAUACCGUCCUCUAUUAUCAACCGCACACCACUGGUUGUAGAUGAAAAGCUGUUAGAAGCUUAUCCAAUAUUAAAUAAACAGUCGGUAUGGGUGAAACUACAAAAUGAAGAUGAUGCACAAGCGAUGAUUAGAAUAUCAAAUUCUAAAUAUUUAUACCAAGAAUUACAAGAAAGGCAAGCUGCGCUAGUGCAAAUAGCGGAGGACAGCUAUAGACACAAUAUUCAGUUACUGAAAUCGUUCGAAAUAUUUUUCACCUAG